GAGUCAUAUUGCUUGUUUGUUGGGUCUCAGAAAGUUCAUCUUUUGCUGAUGAGCGGUUCUAUCCGCUGUUUAAUCUUUGUUUAUUUGCUUUUCUUUGAAGUUUUGGGUUGAACCCAGUUGUUCCUGGUGGCAGAAUUGGCUCUUUUCCUAUAAAAAAUCUGGUCUUGUCUGUAGCUGAAGCGGCAUUGGAUGCUUCCUUCGAAGCUCCCUUUCCGUUUUACUCUUUCGGAAAGAUUCUUCUUUUGUUUUUGGGGCCUGAAACAGCAUAAUCCUUCAAGGAAAUUGAAGCUAUGGUUGUCGCCACACACAUUUAGAUAUGAUAAUAAAGAAAGUUUGCUUUACCUUGGAUGUUAUUCUAUACUCAGCCUCCCCGGUCAUAAAGUUUUGCCUUUCCUAAUGGGAAAAAAAUAAAGCUAUCCGGCAUGUGGUGGUGGAUGAUGACUGUAUCAAUCGGUUUAACAACACUUUACGCGUUAUUGUGCUUGUUCUUGGCUUCUGGUUUUCUAAAAGGAUGCACUCAAAUGCACCUCAAUUAUAGCUCCUGCUGCUUUGCAUACUCAUUUAUGGUUCUAGAAUCCUAUGUAGAUUUCUCUGAACAUUGUUCAUCAGUCAAAAUGCUUACUUUCUUUCAGGAACUCCGGAGGUGGUGUUUGAUCUGAAAUUCUGUCUGUGAAAUCAAAGAUGGGAGAGCCAUUGGGACUGUUAAAAGUGACCGUCGUGAGAGGGAAAGGGCUGGUGAUCAGGGACUUCAAGAGCAGCGAUCCUUAUGUUGUUGUCAAGUUGGGCAACCAGCAGACUGCAAGGACUAGAGUUAUAAACAGCUGCCUGAAUCCUGUUUGGAAUGAGGAGCUAAGUUUUUCCCUUGCAGAACCUGUGGGAAUGCUGAACUUGGAAGUCUUUGACAGAGACCGUUUCAAGGCGGAUGACAAAAUGGGACAUGCCCACAUAAGCCUUCAACCUAUAGUCUCUGCUGCUAGACUGAGACAGAUCCUAAAGGUUUCCUCCGGUGAGACGACACUGAGAAAGGUCGUCCCGGAUGGGGACAACUGCCUCGUCAGGGAAAGCUCCAUCGCCUGCAUAGAUGGUGAGGUCAUGCAGGACGUGUGGUUGAGGCUCAGCGAUGUCGAGUCCGGGGAGAUUCAGUUGAAGAUCAAGUUCAUAGAUAAUUCUUUCCCGGGCACUAGAUAGUUAAGAGUCAAAAAGUCGAGGUUAGCUGAAGUGUUGUUGCUAACAGCGUUCAUAUCCUGAUCAAGUUUAGAUUUUUCGACUAGUUUAGGUUCCAAAAGGCGGUUAAACCACCAACUCAAGAAUAACUACUUUGUUGGUGCUUAUGAAAAUUAGUGUGUAUGGAGUAGGGAUGAAGCAGAAAUAUUUUUCAAUGUAGUGUGAUCUGUUCUUACUCUUUCAUUUUGUGCCAGAAGGUUGGUAUUAAAAAGUAGCGUUGGCCUUUGUUACUUA